AUGGCGACCGACUGCACCCUCAAGGGCAACGCGGACCUCUACGGCUUCGGAGUCCGGCUCGGCGUCUACGGCCAGUGGAUUGCGACGCUGCUCACGACCGUCUUCGAUCCGGUCAACGAGGCUCCCUUUCGGCUCCUCAACCUCAUCAUCCAGGCGUCCAUCUUUGUCGGGCUCUGCAACGAGUCCCGCAUGCGGCCGCGCGCCGACCUCACGGCCAGCGGCGAGGCCAACGCCGUCGGCGCCGUCGUCGUCCAGUUCCUGCUCUGCGGUUCGCUCUCGAGCGUGACGGGCGACGGCAUCAGCCACUUUGACCACAUCUCGGGCAUCCUACGCCUCGUCCUCCACCUCGCCCUCUCGGCCUACGGCGUGUGGUUCUGGUUUCGCGGCGUCGACGUCAUGACGGUUCCGGCGUGCGUCGACGGCGAGGUCGCCUUCUUCGGCCCCUCCUCCCUCACCGGCUGGUUCCGUUGGCUGGGCAAGACCUUGUCCGUCGGCGGCGUCGUCGCCUGCGUCGGUCUCGCCGCCUUCAGCGUCCACCGGCUGAUCCGCCGCUUCGGCAGCGGCAUCCGCGCCGGCUUCCGACGUCCGACCGGGCGCCGGCCCCAGGUCGAGGUGUCUCUCCUGCUGCUCUCCAUGGGGCUGAUUGCCCUGUCCAUCAGCACCGUCGAGUAUCUCAUCGCGACCAACGACAUUCAGGGCGUCGGCAAGAGCGACAUUGGCAGCGUCGCCCAGCUGAUCCCCCUCCUCGCCGGCGCCGUCGCCUGUUUCCUGUCGCUCUGGAAGCUGCUGGCGCGCGGGCUGCUCUGGAGGAAGAGGUGCUGGCUUCUGCUUGGACGGCACCUGUAG